GACUGUGGGAGGCGGCGGUGGUGGUGGCGCUGGGAGCUUCUGUCACCGCUGGGGCAGGGCAGGGCAGGGCGGGAGUGUAGGGGACGUGAGGGCGCGAGAACCCAGACAUGGGGCGCGCAGGCCCCGCCACUCGAAGUCUGGGUCGCCGCCGGGGCCUGCCGCCGCUGCUGCUGUUGCUGCCACUAUUGCUGCUGAUUCUGCGCGCGCAGCUCGCCGUCGGGAGCCUGGCCGGUGGGAGCCAAGGCGCUGCCGAGGCCCCCGGAUCGGCACAGGUGGCUGGACUAUGCGGGCACCUAACCCUUCAUCGGGACCUGCGCACUGGCCGCUGGGAACCAGACGCUCAGCGCUCGCGACGCUGUCUCCCGGACCAUCAACGGGUGCUCGAGUACUGCAGACAGAUGUACCCGGAGCUGCAGAUUGCACGUGUGGAACGGGCAACACAGGCCAUCCCCAUGGAGCGCUGGUGCGGGGGUGCCCGGGGUGGCCGCUGUGCCCACUCUCACCAUCAGGUUGUGCCUUUCCGCUGCCUGCCGGGUGAAUUCGUGAGUGAGGCCCUGUUGGUACCUGAAGGCUGCCGGUUCUUGCACCAGGAGCGCAUGGACCAGUGUGAGAGUUCAACCCAGAGGCAUCAGGAAGCACAGGAGGCCUGCAGCUCCCAGGGCCUCAUCCUGCAUGGCUCGGGCAUGCUUUUGCCCUGUGGCAUGGAUCGGUUCCGAGGCGUGGAGUAUGUGUGCUGCCCCCCUCCAGUGACCACUGACCCAUCUGAGACAGAAAUUGGUGACCCCUCCACCCGGUCCUGGCCCCUGGGAGGCAGAGUAGAGGGGGAUGAGGACAAGAAAGAGGAGGAAUCCUUCCUACAGCCGGUAGAUGAUUACUUUGUGGAGCCCCUACAGGCUGAAGAGGAAGGCGAGGAGGAAAGAGUCCCGCCUUCAAGUUCCCAUCCCUCUGCAGUGGUCAGCAAAGUGACUCCUACCCCAAGGCCCACAGAUGGUGUGGAUGUGUACUUUGGUAUGCCUGGAGAAAUCAGUGAGCAUGAGAGUUUCCUGCGGGCCAAGAUGGACCUGGAGGAGCGAAGGAUGCGCCAGAUUAAUGAGGUGAUGCGUGAAUGGGCCAUGGCAGACAACCAGUCCAAGAAUUUGCCUAAAGCUGACAGACAGGCCCUGAAUGAGCACUUCCAGUCCAUUCUGCAGACGCUGGAGGAACAGGUGUCUGGUGAGCGACAGCGCCUGGUGGAGACCCAUGCCACCCGAGUCAUUGCCCUUAUCAACGACCAGCGCCGGGCUGCCUUGGAAGGUUUCCUGGCAGCACUGCAGGGAGAUCCGCCUCAGCCAGAGCGUGUCCUGCUGGCCCUGCGGCGCUACCUGCGUGCAGAGCAGAAGGAGCAAAGGCACACUCUGCGACACUACCAGCAUGUAGCUGCCAUGGAGCCUGAGAAGGCCCAGCAGAUGAGCUUCCAGGUGCAGACCCACCUUCAAGUAAUUGAGGAAAGGAUGAAUCAGAGCCUGGGACUGCUUGACCAGAACCCACGCCUGGCUCAAGAGCUACGACCCCAGAUCCAGGAACUCCUCCACUCUGAACACCUGAGUCCCAGUGAACUGGAGGUCCCUGCUCCUGGGAGCAGCAGUGAGGACAACAGAGGGCUGCAGCCUCUGGAUUCCAAGGAUGCAGACACCCCCAUGGCCCUACCAAAAGGGUCCACAGAACAAGAUUCUGCACUCCCUGGGAAAGAGAAGCUGUCCCCACUGGAACAGUAUGAGCAGAAGGUGAAUGUGUCUGUUCCAAGGGGUUUUCCUUCCCAUUCAUCGGAGAUUCAGAGAGAUGAACUGGCACCAGCUGGGACAGGGGUGUCCCGAGAGGCCGUGUCCGGUUUGCUGAUCAUGGGAGCAGGUGGAGGCUCCCUCAUCAUUCUCUCAGUGCUGCUCUUGCGCAGGAAGAAACCCUACGGGGCUAUCAGCCAUGGAGUGGUGGAGGUGGACCCCAUGCUGACCCUGGAGGAGCAGCAGCUGCGUGAACUGCAGCGUCAUGGCUAUGAGAAUCCCACUUACCGCUUCCUGGAGGAACGACCCUGAACCAGCCCCCCUUUAUCCCUUUGGCUGAAUCCAGACCUUUUCCCUUCCUAGGAACCCAGAGCCCCAACUCCCAAACUGGGAAAGGGAUCUUGAAAAAGUUCAUUUCACACCCUUAUGAGAGGGCUAGAAAUUCGUAUUUCCCUUUUCCAAUUCCAAAUCCCAUCCCUAAGAUAUCCCCAGGUAUUCCCAGCUGCUUCCCUGCUUGGGACCUCCUCACCUUAAUUUAUUUUGUAAGUUAAUUUAUUGUUCUUUAAUGUGACCACCAGCUUGGUCCAGGAAUUCACCCUCCCAUGUGUUGCUCACUAACAUCCCAAUAAAGUCCUCUUUCCCACCAGG